ACUUAAAACAUUUGUCAUAUCCUCUUGACUUGAAACGUAAAAUCUCUAGAUCCUGUUUAAUACCUUAAUGAUAUUCAAUGUUUUGGAAGUUAUAAAUCAUAAAAUUAAUUAAUACAUCCAAAACGUUCUCAUUCUUUCUUAACCCUUCCAUCUUCGACCAUGUAUAUAUGAGUGCUAGAAAACUCAGCCAAAAUUCUAUUCUUCUUUCUAUGCUAUUUAGCUUAAUUAGCUUAUAAUUCACAAGCUGACAAUAAAUGGGUAGGAAAAACCAGAAGCUUAACAUUUUCUUCUUCCCCUUCUUGGCUUACGGCCAUAUGAUACCAGCUCUAGACAUGGCCAAACUAUUCGCAGCUCGAGGUGUGAAGACCACCAUUAUCACAACCCCGCUUAAUGCCCCUUUCUUCUCCAAAACCAUUCAAAGAACCAGAUUUCUCGCCCAAGAAAUCCAUAUCGAAACCAUUGAAUUCCCUUCCAAAGAGUCUGGAUUGUUCCAAGGCUGCGAGAAUGUCGACUCUGUCCCAUCCCAAGAACUGGUUAUCCCUUUCUACGAAGCCACCGCCACUCUCCGAGAGCCUCUCGAGCAGCUUCUAGGCGAGCACCUCCCGACUUGCCUUGUUGCCGACAUGUUCUUUCCAUGGACAACGGAUGCUGCCGCUAAGUUCGGCAUUCCGAGGAUUGUUUUCCAUGGAAUGAGUUUUCUUUCUUUAUCUGCUUGGGAGAGCAUCAGGCUCUACGAGCCUCAUAACAAAGUCUUAUCGGAUUCCGAACCUUUUCUCAUUCCUAAUCUUCCAAGCGAGAUUAAGUUGACAAGGUUUCAACUUCCUGAAUUCAUCAGACAAAAUGUAAACAACUCAAUGACCAAGUUGCUGAAAGAGGCUGAAGAAUCCGGGGUGAGAAGCUAUGGAGUUGUCGUUAAUAGUUUCUACGAGCUCGAACCGGCUUUUGCUGAUCAUUACAAGAAGGUAUUGGGAGUGAAGGCAUGGCAAAUUGGUCCGUUUUCACUUUCCAAUAAAGAAAACAAAGAGAAAUCACAGAGAGGGGUUGAAACCUCCAUUGAUGAAGAAGAAUGCUUGAAUUGGCUGAACUCGAAGAAGCCCAACUCGGUUGUUUAUGUGAGCUUUGGAAGUAUAGCCAAAUUCAGUGCUUCCCAGCUCGUGGAGAUAGCAUUGGGUCUUGAAGCUUCAGGCCAGCAAUUCAUUUGGGUUGUGAGGUGUGGGACCAAAAAUGGAGAUGGAAAUGAAGAUUGGUUGCCUGAAGGAUUCGAAGAGAGGAUGGAAGGGAAAGGGUUGGUAAUAAGAGGUUGGGCACCACAAUUGCUGAUUCUUGAUCAUGAAGCUGUUGGGGCGUUUGUGACUCACUGUGGAUGGAAUUCAACUUUGGAAGGAGUUUGUGCUGGGGUUCCGAUGGUGACGUGGCCAGUGUUCGCUGACCAUUUUUUCAACGAAAAGCUGUUGACCCAGGUGCUGAAAGUUGGAGUUGGUGUUGGUGUUCAGAAAUGGGUGAGAUGGGAAGGAGAUAGUGUGAAGAGGGAAGCUGUGGCAAAGGCAGUGAAAUAUGUUAUGGAAGGUGGUGAAGAAAUAAAGGAAAUGAGAAAAAAAGCAAGGGCUCUUGGAGUAAUGGCAAAGAGAGCCGUUGAAGAAGGAGGCUCAUCCUAUUCCGAUUUGAGUGCUCUAAUUGAAGAAUUGAGAGCCCUCGCUUCAUGAAGCUUGCUAAAAUUAGAAAAAAUAGAUAUAUAACUUUAGUAGGUAUUAUCUAUUAGAUUCUAUCGUCCAGUUUAUAUAACUUGGAUUAAGAAGUGCAAAAGAAUUGA